AUGCAGAGCGAAAUAUCUGGGUUUAUAGAACGAAUUGAGAAACGAGAUACUGGCGAUUUGCAUGGUGUCAUUAGUGACAUAGAAAUCAAGAUUCUCAAGAUCUGCGAAGACGGGACCAUGACGUUGCGGCAGUCUCAGCACACCCGGGAAAUGGACCAAUUCCUUGCACUGCAGGACAGUUUUGCUUAUAACCUGACGGGAAGACUUGCACUACAGCUGGACUGGGCGGUUUGCUCAGUCGAUCACACUGACGAAACCGCAGUAGCGGUAGCAGUAGCGAUGCUGAGGCUCAUUCAGGGCCUAUGUCUGAUCCACCGCCCAUCGCGUUUGGCGUUCAAUAACGACGACCUCAUGGGCAAGCUGAUUGCCUGUAUCAAGCACGCCAGUCCACAAAUACAAACCGCGUCCAUCAACGCUUUGGUUGGUAUAAUGGUCCGGCAGGUGGAGAACAUUCGGCGAUUCGAGGCAUUGAGAGGACUGAAAGCAGUGUGCGACACAUUCAAACACCGCCACACAACCAAGGAGGUGAAGCUGUCUAUUUUGGAGUUCCUCUUCUUUUAUCUUAUUCCCGAAACCCACAUUGUUGACAAAGACCGAACAAUUCCUCGCAAAACCACAGCCGAGAAGCAACUGAUGCUUGGCAAGUAUCUAUCUAACGUAGAUGGUCUGGUGCGUGAGCUCGAAACCUCGAAGCCUUUCGGUAGUUUAGAUUUAGAGUGGUAA